CAUAAAAUAUAUGAUAAGGAAAUGUUUUAUUAUAAACAGAGUGAUUUUCUUGUACAGUUAUAGAAGAUAAAUGUUUAAAUAAUGAGUUCUAACGAAAGAAAUCUUACUGAUACUGAAAAUAUUAAAAGUGAUCAAGAAGUAGAUUGGUCUAGAUAUGGACUCGGAAAUGCAGAAAAUCGUAGAUCAUCACGAACAGAAAAUAGUAGACAUGAAGAAUUGGGGCCUGAAAUGUAUCAAACUGGAACAAAUGAACUAUUUGCACAAGAAUUUAAUGCAGAUCCAUGGUGGAAAUCAAACUUUUUUAUAUCUCAACCAGUUUUGUUUGGUACUUGGGAUGGUGUAUUUACCUCAUGUCUUAUAAAUAUUUUUGGUGUAAUAGUUUUUUUGAGAUCUGGCUGGAUAGUUGGACAAGCUGGUGCAUUAAAUGCUGUAUUAAUAAUAUUUUGUACAAUUUGUGUUGCGUUAGUAUCUGUGCUUUCAGCUGUUGGAAUUUGCGAAAGAUGUAGAGUGGAAAGCGGAGGAGUAUACUUUUUAUUAUCACAUGUAUUAGGCUCAAGAUUUGGAGGAUCUAUUGGUUUAUUGUACUGUUUUGGACAAGCAGUAGGGUGUGCUUUAAAUGUUUUAGGUUUUGGUGAGUCUAUGGCCGGACUUGUAGGUCUUGAGUCAACUUGGGCACAAAGAGGUUUUGCUUGUGCCGCAGUAAUACUUCUUUCUGUAAUAAAUGUAGCUGGUGUGAAAUGGGUUAUAAAACUUCAAUUUAUAUUACUAUUAAUUUUAUUAUUUGCUGGAUUUGAUUUUAUAAUUGGAAGUUUUACACAUACAGAUCCAAAGGCUGGUUUUGUCGGAUGGUCAAUGGAAAUUUUAAAAAAUAAUACUUUUCCAUCAUAUCAAAAUGGAUAUAGUUGGUUUACUGUAUUUGGAGUUUUUUUUCCGACUGUAACUGGCGUACUUGCAGGUAUAAAUAUGAGUGGAGAUUUAAGACAUCCAUCUACAGAUAUUCCCAAUGGUACCUUAGCUGCAUUAGGUCUUAGUACCGUUUUGUACUUGUGUUUAUCUUUGUUCCUUGCAUCAACAUGUACAAAGGCAGCUUUGCAAACAAAUUUUAUGAUUGCCUCAACAGUUUCUGCUUUUUCUGUUCUCUUACUUGCAGGUCUGUAUGUUUCAUCCUUCAGCAGCUGCUUAGGUGCCAUGUAUGGAACACCUCGAGUUUUACAAUCUAUUGCAAGUCAAAAUGUUAUUCCUGGAAUAAGCUGCUUACAAAGAGGAAGAGGUCCUAAUAAGGUACCAGUUUAUGCUAUGUUGGUUGUUGCUGUGGUUACAUUGACAUUUAUUAUGACAGGGCAAAUAAAUACUCUUGCACCAAUAGUGACAAUGCCAUUCUUACUAACAUAUGCUUGCAUGGACUAUGCAUAUUUUGCUCUCGCACAAACAUUUGACUUAAGACAUUCUCGAGAACAAAGAUUUUCUGCACAAUCUCCAUCUGCUGAUAGAAAUUAUGGUACUUCAGAUAGAAAUGUAUUAGUUGAGAAUGAAAAUGAUCUAGAUUAUUUAUUUCCAGAAAGAACUAGACACAAAAAUCUAAUACAAAAUUCAGGCAUUGAAAGCAAUGGUUUUAUAGAUUCAUCACCAAGCAUUGAAGAUAAUAAUAGUAUAACAAGACAAAUACAAAAGAAAGUUCAUAUUCAUGGUAAAUUGGGAAAUUGGUACAGUCCUUUUUGUAACAGAUGGUUUUCUCUAUUAGGUUCUUUAAUCAAAUUGUUAAUAAUGUUUUUGGUUCAUUGGGGUUAUGCAUUAGCAAAUAUAAUCGUUUGCUUUCUUGUUUGGAGUUAUAUUGGUCAUGCUAAUCCAGCUGUUAAGCCAGGAGUAUCAGCAGAAUUUAAAUUUUUUGAAUGGCUUAAGAACUCUAUCCUUAAGUUAAUGGGACGAAAGGUGUAUGAUUAUGAACAAAUUGUAGUAACACCAGUUCAUCCUGGAGUAGAAACUUGUUCUGCACAAUUGAAUGAAGAGAAUGAAGACUUUGCAGGAAGACGGAGGUAUCAUCAGAUUGCAAACGUAACAGCAUAUAAUAUAAAAUUAAUUUUUAAAUAAAUAAAAUGUCAUCACAACAAAUUAACAACUUGAAUCUCUUAAAAGUAAGAAAAA